GAUAAUGAGAGGAUGCUAUGCACAUUGCAAAAUGGGAAGCACUAAAGAAGGAAACUGAGAAAGCAAAAAUGUCAUGACAUGAAAGGGAAGGAACGAAACAAACUGAAGGAAGCAAAGGACCAAAAAUAAGAGAGAGAGAGAGAGAGAGAAAGUUAGAAUUUUGAAUUGCAACGUUGUUUAUGGCGAAGCCUCUUAAAACAUUUUCUAAAAAAACACCACAUUGUACGAGACGUGUCGUUUGCCGUUGAAACCGCGAAAUUCCCUCGUUCUUUUCUCUCUAUUUCUCUUUCAUACUUCCGUGUUUUACAAAGCGGCUUGCUUCGAUUGCUUUUGUGUUUGUCUGUUUCGUCCCUUUCCCUCUUCGUUCCUUCAUUCACCGGCCCUUGUUUCUAUCUGGGUCGGCAAUGCUUUUUAAUUAGUCUAUUUGUUUCUUCUUCUUCUUCUUCCUCUUCUUGUUCAUUGUUGCUUUCUCUCGAAGCUACCCGGAAUGGAUCUCAGAGAAAGGUUCGUUCUUUCUCUUCUGGGCUUCUGUCUUCUCCAACUUUGUUGCCUUGUCAAUGCCAAUUUGGUGUUCCCUGUUGAACGCAAAUUCAAAGGCCCUAUCAAGAACCUUGCUGCAAUCAAAGCUCAUGAUGCUGGUCGCCGCGGUAGAUUUCUCUCCGCCGUUGAUAUACCUCUUGGCGGUAAUGGCCGUGCCAAUUCAAAUGGGUUGUAUUACACCAAAGUUGGGCUUGGCUCUCCUCCAAAGGAUUUCUAUGUGCAAGUUGAUACAGGAAGUGACACUCUCUGGGUGAAUUGUGCUGGCUGCACAUCAUGUCCCAAGAAAAGUGGUCUUGGUAUGGACUUAACCCUGUAUGACCGCAAGGACUCCAAAACUUCAAAAUUGGUUUCUUGUGACGAUGAUUUUUGCACUACCACAUAUGAUGGUCCAAUUUCAGGCUGCACUAAAGACAUGUCCUGCCCUUACAGCAUAACUUAUGGAGAUGGAAGUACAACCACUGGAUCCUAUGUGGAAGAUUAUCUCACAUUUGACAAAGUCAACGGUGAUCUCAGCACUGUACCUGAUAAUGGCACUGUAAUUUUUGGGUGUGGUGUUAAACAAUCUGGGACAUUGAGUGCAACUAAUGAUGAAUCUCUUGAUGGAAUAAUUGGUUUUGGACAAGCAAAUUCUUCCGUGCUUUCACAGCUUGCUGCAGCUGGAAAGGUGAAAAGGGUAUUUUCACACUGCCUUGACAGUAUAUAUGGAGGAGGAAUAUUUUCCAUAGGGGAAGUGGUGCAGCCAAAAGUUAAGACAACUUCAUUGGUACCGCAAAUGGCACACUACAAUGUGGUUUUGAAGGACAUGGAGGUUGGUGGGGACCCUAUACAGCUCCCAACUGAUAUAUUUGAUUCUUCAAAUGGGAGGGGAACAAUAAUAGAUAGUGGUACAACCUUGGCUUAUCUUCCAGCCUCGAUUCAUGAACAGCUAAUGGAUAAGAUUUUGGGUCAGCAGAAGGAUCUGAAAUUAUAUCUUGUUGAGGAGCAAUUUACAUGUUUCGAAUUUGCCGACAGAGAUAUUGAUAAGGGAUUUCCAUCUGUCAAGUUUACCUUUGAGGAUGGGCUUACUCUGACAGCAUAUCCUCACGAUUACCUGUUCCUCUUUAAAACUGACAUGUGGUGUGUUGGCUGGCAAAAAAGUGUGGCACAAACUAAGGAUGGAAAGGACCUAAUUCUUCUUGGAGAUUUGGUGCUGUCAAACAAAUUAGUUGUAUAUGAUCUUGAAAACAUGACCAUUGGAUGGGCUGAAUACAAUUGCUCUUCCAGCAUUAAAGUGAAGGAUGAUAAGACUGGAUCUGUAUAUUCAGUGGGUGCACACGAUCUUUCUUCAGCCUCAACCGUGUUAAUGGGAAGAAUAUUAACGUUCUUUGUGUUGCUUUUUGCCAUGCUAAGCACUUGAUUAACUUGUAAUAUUUUAUCGAGAGAUGGCAUUUAUUUCAUUCUGUUGUAACAUAAUUCCAUAAAUGCUGAGUUUUGAUGCAAUAAAUCAACCAUUUCUCGUGUA